GGUGUCACUGUUUUUCUGGGACACCACCACCCCCCGCCUGCGCGCGCGCAAGCACGCACACACAGACACACACAUCCACGCACGCCCCCAGCGCCGCGACCAUGGACGACUCCUGUGAAGAGUACGAGGAUCAGAACCAGUCGCUGCUCGGGCCCUACCAGUCUAAGUCCUUGGCUGACGAUGAAAAUGGCAGCAAGGGCUCCAUCUUCAACCCUGAACGGGUCAUCGCCCACUGCUUCAAGCGGUUCAAGCAGAAGGACUUCCACCUGCCUCCAAGUCGCCGGCGGAUCAUCGUCUUGCCUCAGAAGGAGGCUCCGAUGCCCAUCAAUGCCCCGCCCCAACCCCAGGCUCCUCCCCAGCCCACCCCCAGCUUCAAAACCCUGGAAGUCAGGGAGGUCCAAGAACAGCCAGAGGACCUGAAGGCCUGGCUGAGCCAGAGGCUGAAGCUCCGGCAGGACCUGGAGUCGUUCAGCAACACAGAGAGGUGGCUGCAGAGCAAGCCCAGGCUCACGCCUUCAGAGGCCAAGGUCCUACACAAGAUCCACAAGGAGCACAAGGUCCAGCCAAUGGCGCAGCAGGCUACUGCAAAAGCCACCAAGAAGAAAAGCUUCCAGCCCUCCCGCCAAGUGCCCCAGCUCCGCCUGCCCACCCCCUCCGCCCUGUCGGCCUUGUACUCCCACCUGCGCAGCCGCAGGAUCAGGAUCCUGGAGCUCUUUAACAAGGCGGGCCGGGGCGAGAACCAGAGGAUCUCCAGGGAGGAGUUCAUCAGGGUUCUGAAGUCGGUUGAGGUCCCUCUGAAAAGCCAGGAGGUGGAGGAUAUUGUGAUCUAUCUCAGCUCCCUUGGGAAGGACAACAGCAUUGCCAUGGGCAGCCUGGCCAACACCUACCAGCAGUGGUCUUUGGCUCAGCAGAAAAGCACCCUGGCAACCGCAGCAGAGUAUUAUAGAUCUAGCAAGCAUGGCGUCUCACCGCAGAGUCCGUCCAAGAAGCAGAAAGUGAAUUUAGCCCCAGGGCCUCCCAGGAUGGACCUGCUGACUGUACCCAUAGUCGACACCAAGGUGGAGGCACGACCCACGACCCUGGAGGAGAUGGAGGAGGUCGGCAAGCGGUACCGCGAAAGGAAGCGGCAGAGCAAGCUCGCCAUCCCCUCCAUCCAGUACUCCGAGUGCUGCCGCCUGGUGCGCAGCGGGAACAAGCACUUUGACGAGCACUGCCUGCCGUCCACCAUCCACGGGGACAUGACGGAGAUCAUCAACGCGACACGCAGGGACUGCUUUCUGGUCUACCUGCAGUGCUGGAAGCUCUGCAAGGCCUUCGGCCUCCCGCUGACGAAGGACAUCCUCGUGAGAGCCCUGCUGUACCCAGGGGACAAGAUCAUUUUUCAGAAGGACCAGGUGCGCCCGAUCCGGCAGCCAGGGGGCUACUACUCAGACCUGAAGAUCCUCCAUCAGAACCUGACCCUGCUCAGAUCUCAGGGCGUCCCCGAGCCUGUGGCUAAGAAAACUGACAAUGGGAAAAUGCCAAAGAGAAUCAAGAACAUACCGUUUAAGGAGUUUGAGGAAUUCACCAGGAAGCUGAAAGCCAAGAUGCCCAGUGGUCCGCAGCUAACCCAUCCCAAUUUCUUCUGGCCGGGUCACCUCCUGGACAAGCUGCAGCUCUUCCUGCCCACUGUGACCGUGGACCGGAGCCUGGCACUCUUCAGUUGUGUCCAACACCGACCCCAAGCCUACUCGGCCACCUACCGCCCCAACCACUGGUGGCCCAUUAAGGACAUGCACUACAUGACCUACGGCUAUUACGAUGCCCCCAAGAUCUACCACAUCAACUAGAGUGGCCCAGGUGUCGCCAAACCUAGCCAUCCUGGGCCUGAGGCCAGUGUAGCUAGCAGCCCGGAGCUACCAAAGAGCCGGACAAGAGAAGUCAUUUCAGUGAGAGGGUCUGGGCCGGCUCUCUCCAGACCCAAAGCGUCCAGCGUCUCAGAGGGCGAAGUGUCAAGGGAAAGAUGUGGUUCUCAUUGUUUCCCUUUCCGGAUCUCUGUCCUUUCUAAAUAAACCAGUUGGAGUUUAUGUCA